AUGGCAUUCGCAGAUGACAUAGUCAUUUUUGUCAAUGGCUCGUCUGGUUCCCUAAAAGCUUUGUCGGAGGUUCUGCAGCUGUAUCAGGACGGUUCCGAACAAAAAAUUAAUUAUAGCAAGAGUUUCUUCGUCACCUCAAAACAUUGCCGAAGCGGUAGGGUUGCGGCUAUGUCCCAAAUACUGGCAAUGCAAUGCACCACUUUACCAUUCCGUUAUCUGGGGGUCAACAUGUUCACGGGCAGAAAUAGAACACACUAUUAUCAGCAUCUACUGGAGAAGAUUGACAAUAAAUUACUCGGUUGGCAGAGAAAACUGCUAUCCGAAGGAGGCAGAUUAACGCUCAUUAAACGUGUUCUAACAAUGAUUCCAAUGUAUACAAUGGCGUCUGUGACACUGCCUAAGCAUGUUGUGAGAUCUCUGGAGGCAAAGUUAGCCAAUUUCUUUUGGGGCAGUUUCGAGGGGAAGCCCAAACGACACUGGGUGAAAUAG